AUGGCGACCGCAGCGUCUAACCACUACAACAUCCUCACCUCCAGCGCAUCCAUCGUGCACUCGGAGCCCGGCAGCAUGCAGCAAGCCACGGCGUACCGGGACGCACAGAGCCUGUUGCAGAGCGACUACCCGCUGCAGAGCAACAGCCACACGCUCAGCCACGCACACCAGUGGAUCACGGCGCUGUCCCACGGAGAGGCAGCCCCGUGGUCCUCCAGCCCGCUCGGCGCGGAGCAGGACAUCAAACCCGCGGUGCAGGGCGCCCGGGACGAGAUGCACAACUCCAGCAGCAACCUGCAGCACCAGUCGCGGCCACCCCACCUGGUGCACCAGACGCACGGGAACCACCACGACGGCCGGGCGUGGAGAACCACCACCGCGGCGCACAUACCGAGCAUGGCGACGACGAACGGCCAAAGCCUUAUUUACUCCCAGCCGGGCUUCAGCGUCAACGGGCUGAUCCCGGGCAGCGGGCAGGGGAUGCACCACCACAACCUAAGAGACAGUCAUGACGACCACCACAGCCCGCACCUCAGCGACCACGGCCACCCUGCGUCCCAGCAUCAGCACCAGCACCGGCCGCAGAGCCACCACGAC